GUUACACAAUUCAACAUCAACAAAAUAUAAUUCACACAUUUCAAUUUCAAUCUUCACUCUCAUCAUUAUUCACAAUCCUCUUCUUCCCUCCGAUCAUCACCAUGUGUACGUUAGAGAAGCGCGGCGAUCUCUUCCUCCUAACCCUAACCGGAGACGGCGAACACAGAUUCCACCCCGACACAAUCGCCACCAUUCUCUCCCUCCUCGCUCAAGCCAAAUCUCAGUCCAAACGAGGAUCCGUGCUCAUCACCACCGCACACGGCAAAUUCUUCUCCAACGGUUUCGAUCUCGCCUGGGCUCAAACCGCCGGAUCCAAAACCGGAGCUGCAAACCGGCUUCACCAGAUGGUCGAAUCCUUCAAACCGGUUGUUUCAGCGCUUCUCGAUCUCCCUAUGCCGACGAUCGCCGCCCUUAACGGCCACGCCGCCGCCGCGGGACUGAUUCUGGCUUUAAGCCACGAUUACGUGUUCAUGAGGAAAGACCGUGGGGUUCUGUACAUGAGCGAGGUUGACAUCGGGCUUUCGAUGCCGGAGUAUUUCUCGGCGUUGGUUAGGGCUAAGGUCGGGACGAGCGCGGCGAGGAGAGAGCUGUUGUUGAGUGGGAAGAAGAUUAGAGGAGAAGAAGCGGUGGGUUUGGGGAUCGUUGACACUGCAGCGUAUGAUAGUGCGGAAGGUGUUGUGGAGGCUAGUGUGCGCCUUGGUGAGAAACUGGCGGCGAAGAAGUGGAGUGGUGAGGUGUAUGCUUCGAUAAGGAAGAGUUUGUAUCCGGAGCUUUGUGGGAUUCUUGGUAUAGAGGCUAGAGUCUUUGCGAUUCCGAAGCUGUAAAGCCUCUCUUUGAGACUGAGUGUUUGGUUUAAACGAAAAUUACAUAUGUUUUGAUGAUCACAGGAUAUAAUAAACAUGUUCAAUGUUUGGCUUGUUUCA